CGUCGAAUGUCUGUUUCCUGGUCGAAGAUUGUUGAUGUGUGAAGCCUUAUGACCUCAUGGACACGACAAGACGAAAACGCGUGAGCAUGAGAGCUUCCUUGAUUGACGCGCUUCCUCUGCGGUCUGCCACUCUCAAGUCAUGAUCGUCGCCGUGGCAUCGAAUUGAUACGAAGAUGCAGACCUCGAGACGCAUAUUCUUCAAUCCGACCAGCCUCCCCGGAUUGAGGACGAAACCGCAGCGACGAGACUUCUACCAUGGCGGAAGCACACCAAGACCUAGGGUGGGACUGAGGAAAGAUGUGUGGAGAGGCAUACGCAGAGAAAGUACGGAGACGGGAGAGGAUCAGUCAGGGCAUAUUGCUGCUGGGUUCAACGAGGGGAUUCUGUUCUUCGACAACCUCUUUCCUCUGAAGCUCACAUGGCUUCUACGAUAUCCAUUACGCUCCGAACGAAACCUUCCAGACCUUCUGAAUCGAUUCCAUAGUCAGACUCUUUCAGUUCUUGAUCCAAUUGGACUUGUUAAGCAGGCAAUACCGGCGUCGGUACCAUUGAAAAUUACGGAGAUACUUCCUCGGUUGAAGGAUGGCGGGGCAUUCGUCAAAUUCUCACAUCCAGAUGCUGUGACAGCGAAAGAGGUCGAGGGGCUUGUUGGACGCUAUUUGGAAGAGAACCCAGUGAAGCCAUGGUUCAGUCCCUUUAGAGGAAUUCGUACAAAAUUGGUUGUUGGUAAGCCUUGGCUGGAGGACCUACACCGAUUUCCAAGUUGCCGGAUAAAAGUCGAAUUCGUUCCUACAAGCCCAGGAGGACAAGCAGCAGAAUUAUCUCAAGAAACCCUUUAUAGUCUCUUUCGGAAAUAUGGCAAACUUGCUGAGAUCACAUCACAAGCGUCAGACUCAAAGGUUCUUCCAAAAUUCGCAUACCUCGAUUUUGCUAGACUUCGACAUUCUAUCAUGGCAAGAAAUUGUAUGCAUGGAAUUAAGAUUUCAGAAGCUCAAGGUGGUGGAGCAGCGGGUACUGAAUUGAGAUUGAGUUAUGAGCAGAAGUUGAAAACACACUGGAUCUGGGACUGGUUACUCAACCAUCCACGUGUUGUCAUCCCCGCAAUAGCUGCUCUCACUGCGAUCAUAGCAGCUGCAGUCUUUGACCCAAUGAGGACAUUUUUUAUCCGAGCUCAUGUGGAGCAUGCUUUCCAUCUCAAGGACAAUAAGAUCUACAAGUGGUUCAAAAAUCAAGCGGGCGACAUUUUUACCUUCCGAUUGCAUCGCGGUGAGGAAGCUAGCCUUGGCGCGAUAUUCGAUGAUCGAAAAGAAGUAAUUGAUCAACUCAGGACAUGGCUGAUGGAAACUGCCGAAACCUUCAUUAUCAUCCAAGGUCCUCGCGGAUCUGGCAAAAAGGAGGUCUUAGAUGAGGCUCUGAAGGGACGACCAAACAUACUAAAUCUUGACUGCAAGAGAAUCGUAGAAGCACGAGGAGAUAGUGCCACUAUUUCUACUUUAGCAAGUGAGGUUGGAUAUCGGCCAUUAUUCGCAAUUUUGAAUAGCAUGAGCAGUCUCAUUGACCUAGCAUCCCAAGCGACCAUUGGAAGCAAAAGCGGACUUUCCGAAACUCUGGACAGCCAGCUCAAAAAGAUACUCGAAACUACUGCUACAGCUUUGAAGCAGGUAGCACUUAGCCACAGGAACAAAGACGACAAGGACGCUUCCCUUAAUGAUGAUGACUGGUUGGAAGCUCAUCCCGAAUUUCGGCCAGUCAUAGUCGUUGACAACUUCAAGACUGACGAAGUCGCUGUGGUAUACGACAAGAUAUCUGAAUGGGCAGCUGCUCUUACGACACAAAACAUCUCGCAUAUUAUCUUCUUGACGAAUGACAUCUCCUACUCAAAGCCUCUUACAAAAGCCUUACCAGACAGAGUCUUUAGAGAGAUAGUUCUCGGAGAUCUUACUCCAGAAGUAGCGAAGAAAUUCGUUGUAACCCAUCUUGACCAAGAUGAGCACGACCCCACGGGAGAAGCUGUGAAACUGUCCCCAAGCAUAAAACACCGUGACUUGGAAGAACUUGACGAGUGUAUUGCAGUGCUCGGAGGCCGACUUACAGAUCUAGAAUUUCUUGCACGUCGCUUGAAGACUGGACAAACACCUAAGAAGGCUUUAGCAGAGAUCAUUGAGCAGAGUGCUUCCGAAAUAAUGAAGAUGUAUCUCUUGACACUUGACAAAGGAGACCGCAAAUGGUCCCCCGAGCAAGCUUGGUUUCUAGUAAAAUCACUUGCAGAACAGGAAAAUCUACGCUAUAACGAGGUGUUGCUUUCGAAUACAUUCGCAUCCUCCCUCACGGCUGCUGCGACGAAUGGUGAAGGCGUCUUGGAAGCGCUGGCAGCAGCUGAAUUGAUCAGCAUCAAGACUCACAACGGUCGUCCUGCGACCAUUCUCCCAGGGAAACCACUCUUGAGGGAGUCAUUCAAGAAGAUCGUUGACGAUACGGCUCUGCGAUCUCGUCUUGAUCUAGCAGUAUUGAAGGAGUUGAUCACAAUUGAGACGAAGAGCAUUGAUAAGUAUGAAAAUGAGCUGACAAUGCUUGGAGGCCUACCUCGCCAGAGGGAGUUGGGACCCCGGAUUCAGUUUCUCUUGACGAACUUGGCAGCAAGUCAACAAAAGGUUGAGGCCUGGACGAAAGAAGUCGGGGCGUUGAAGAAGAUCCUCGCGAAGGAGUACUGAUGUAAAUAUGGUUCAGCACAUGUAUACCCCACAUCGCCGCACAAUCGCAGUUUGUAUACGAAAUGUACCAGAUAUUGCUCUCAUCUCAAAUUCGUAUACUGGAACAGAGAUUUUAAUGGUGCUCGUGUCGUUUUAGCGUCGUGUAGAUUCAAGCAUCGACGAAUAUACGAUCUGGGGAAAAAG